GCGGAACACAGAGAGGAGGCGGGCUCCAAAUCCCACAACACACACACACACACACACACCCAGCAAUCUGCCGCUCAGCUGACGGAGCCGCGGGGCAGAGACGCGGACACCGCACUCAGAGGACGGUCCAUGAACCACACGGAGCUCCAGGGCCGUGAUGUAGGCUGUGUGCUCGGGCUGGGCGCUGACAGGCUGCGGGACCGGUCGCUCCUCUCCGCCCCUCGGCAGCCGGCUGGCGGCUCCGCUCCCCGGCGUCUCGGUGCUGCCCGCCGUUCGGAAAACACAUCAGUCCCGGGAAGAUCCAGCGACACAAGGGCCAAUGGUUUUUACUCCUGCAGCUGCGCCAGACCCCAGAACCAGGGCAUGGAUAUAUCUGAACUGGAGUUUGUUCAGAUAAUAAUAAUCCUCCUGGUGAUGACCCUCAUGGUAGUCCUGAUCGUCUGCCUGCUCAGCCACUACUGGCUGCCGGCCCUGACCUUCCUCAGCAGGCUCGGCCACGCCCAGAGACACCAGGCCGCACAACUGGAUGGCGCUGUGUGGAGAGACAGCGUGCUGACUCAGCAGAGAAAUGCUGAGGUGACGCGUGGUCAUCUGACCAACAGCCUGCCACCCUUCAUGCAGCAGCAGCAGCUGUGUCGCCUGCAGCCCACCUACCCUUACCUGCAGCAGGAACUCAUCAACCUCCCGCCUCUCAUCUGCCUGUCAGACGGGGAGGAGCUGCUGCCCUACAAGGGUCCCUGCAGGUUGCAGCUCCGCCCCCCGGAGCAGCAGCUGGAGCUGAGCCGAGCCGCGGUGCGCGCUCCGCCCAACCGGACCGUCUUUGAUAGAGACCGCAUAGAUAUUUAUACACACAGCAAGAGCCCACGGGCCCCCGGCGGUAACACUGGACUCGACGCUGCCAGGGCCAGGAUGGAGGGCUCCCCACCCUCCUACAGCAAGGUGAUGGGGGACUACGCUGGGUCCGCAGCCCGCUACAGCCGGUACAGCAAUAACGCAGCACCCACAGACGGCAGGUCAGGACGUGACCGCUCACAGACGGUGUUCCACGCCGGCAGCAGGCGACCGGAGAGCAAAGCCUCCAGUGACUUAAACAGCUGACAGAGGACAGACGUCCGUCCACCUGUCCCCCUCACUACACCUGGACUGUGCAGGAGAUCAGCUGGUUUUCUCUCAUAUUAAAUCUGAAAGAGUUUUAUUAAAGUCUCUGCUUGGUCUAUUUUUGUAUGUUUGACACUUCUGAUGCAGACGCUGGACGCUGAGCGCAGGCCAAGUCAUGAGCUCCAGGUCUGUGGACAAACCCCCGUCAGAUCCAGAAAUCAGUGCUGUGAUUGGUCGUCUGAAGUCUGAUGUCAACAAAUGUGAAGUUGCACUAAGUUGAAAAGUUGUUUGUCAGUGAAGGAGCCUGGUUCAGGUUCAGGAUUCACAUGAUGCAGCUUGGAGUUUCUGGUUCUCUCCCACGUUCAUCAGCUUCACUGGACGUCGCCUCGGCACUGUGAAGGUGGAAUUAUGGGAAAGUGAGUGAUCGUCUUUAACUCACUGACAACAGUCUGACCGGAGUUCAUCUGAGUUUACAUCUCGAUAUAAAGGAUUUAUUUUUAUUCUGUUCACAAGUCUGAAGUCAGACGGUGUUAGAGCUGCAGCAAGUAACUGAUCAAUUAUUUUCAUCAUUGAUCUGUUUGUUUAUUUGUGGUCUGGUUCCAGAACCAAAGAUUUUCAGUUCACAGUAACAGAAAACGAUCCUCACGAUUAUUGAUUAUCAGAAUUAACCGAUGAUUGACAAGUUCAACAAAUCAGAUCAACACACACACACACACACACACACACACACACACACACACACAGUUUAUGUGUACCAAGGUCUGUGUUCAGGUUUUAAUAUUCUGUUCCACUUACAUCGUGUUUUGUUCACUAGCAGCAGACUAGUUAAUUAGCAGUUAACUAGCAGUGAACCAGGGUUAGUAGAUGACAGUCUCUCUGUGCUCUCACUCUGUCUGUGCAGAUGUUGUUGACCCACAUAAAGAGUAUUUAUUUGUAUUUAUUCUAUGUUGAUGAAGCCUGGGACCUGAUCUCCAUGUGUCCGCCUCCCUCUGCUGUCACUGGCUCAGAGAAGUCAGGUGACCGGUCACAUGACCCCGCUUCCCGCUGCUGUCAGUUUUACUGUCACCUUUUUACAAACUGUUGUUUAGGACAAACAUCUAAAGUAAACACUUGUUUGCAGGAGUCAUGUGACUUCCUGUCUGAUGGUGACCGUCACAGGAAACCACUUGCACUUAAAAAGCCCCGCCUCCGUCGUGCCUCUUCCAAUGGUGCUUCUCCAGCAGUCUGACUCUGUACAGUGCUGUCCUGUAUAUACCUUCAUAUAUUAUGCACAUGUGCUCCUCCCGCAGAGGAGACUGUUAAUGCUGUCAACAUUAAAGUGAAUGCAUCAGA